CCUCGCAGUGUCCGGCCAUGUGGAUCACAUCCUUCUCGCUCGCUACACCGAUGCUCUUCAUCAUGGGCCAGGUGAUGCGUAACGACGAGAAGAUUUGCACCACUAUCGUCUCUCCUGUCACUAUGAAGACUGUGCUUCAGAAUCAAGAGCGGACGGAGACAAUAGAAUGGGAAACAGGAGCUGAGCAGACAGCAGCGAUGCUUCAUUGCUGUGGAGGAUGCUAUUCCUCAGCACCGCUAUGAAGCAGUAUUUCCACCCUGUGCAGCCUUGUACCAAUAAACAGGAAAACCUGAAGAGCCUUAACACAUAUUCAGCACCUUGGACAAAUGAAGGGCACACCACAAGCCUAAAAUAGAUAAUACCAGGGACGAGCCUGACACUGACCUCACCACAGCAAAUUCACAUUAACCCAGUAUUGAUCUACACUUCAUUUCUACAUUGUGGUGGUGGUAAACAUAUCACUUCAUCACCUCAGUUCAUAGACCCCUCCCUCCACAGGACCCUCACAGUGCCCCUCAGAGGGGCAAUGCCAGUCUUGCUAAAUGCCGACGCCUCCUUCAGCUCCAAGCAGGAGCUCUUGGACCUCCAGGACUGCCCUCUCAGCGGGGAUCCCUCUCUGGACACCCCCAGCCCUGUGGAUUCCCAGACAGGCAGCCCUAUAGGUUCAGGGUCCAGAAGCCUGGGACCUGAUGUCCCCAUCCAGCCCCACAUUUUCACCGGGGCUUCAUCAGUCCCUGGGCAGAUGCAUGGGGCUGAAACAAAACCUCAUGCAGAAACUCCUUUGGGGUUGCAGUUGAUAUCCCCAGACUCGGAUCAGCUGUGUGGCUGGGGGGCUCUGACACCCAAAGCCAUGCAAGUUUUCAACACCCCUCGUUGGGUGCUGUUCUUCCUUAGUGUGGCUGCUUUUCUCCAGGGAAUGAUAGUCAACGGCUUAAUUAAUACCGUGAUCACCUCCAUCGAGCGACGCUUUGACCUGCACAGCUACGAGAGCGGCCUCAUCGUCAGCAGCUACGACAUCGCCUCCUGCAUCUGUGUGAUAUUCGUCAGCUACUUUGGGGGGACAGGGCACAAGCCUCGCUGGCUGGGAUGGGGGGUGCUCAUCAUGGCACUAGGUUCUCUGGUGUUUGCCUUGCCUCACUUCACUUCACCGCCCUACCAAGUCAGCCUACCUGAGCAAACAGGAAUGUGCUCAGCAAACCGUACCAGUCCAUGCCAGGACAAGGAGGGAGGAGGGCUGUCCAGCUAUCGCUUCGUGUUCAUGCUGGGCCAGUUCCUGCAUGGGAUUGGUGCUACGCCUCUCUACACGUUAGGGGUCACAUACCUGGAUGAGAACGUCAACUCCAACUAUGCACCUGUUUACGUCGGAAUCUUUUACGCAGCGGCCGUUUUGGGUCCAGCAGCAGGCUACCUGCUGGGAGGAUACUUCCUCAGCAUCUUCACCGAGAUCCACCUGACGACAGAGAUGACUCCAGAGGACCCAAACUGGAUUGGGGCUUGGUGGAUCGGCUUCCUAGUAGGAGGAGCAGCAGCUCUGCUGAUAUCGUUCCCCAUCCUGGGCUACCCACGACAGCUACCAGGAUCUCAGGAAUACGCCUCCAUGCGGGUGUCUGAAGCCCACCAGCUGAAGGAUGGAAGUCACACAACAGCCUCAGACCCUCAGUUUGGCAAAUCAGUCAAAGACAUGCCCAGAUCUGUGCUGCUUCUUUUAAAGAAUCCUACAUUCGUGUUCCUUUGUUUGACUGUUGCUACAGUGGCCACCCUCGUCGCAGGAGUGUCCGCCUUUGGGCCAAAGUUCUUGGAGUCACAAUUCAAUCUCAGUGCAUCAAAAGCCUCCACAUUGUUUGGAUACAUAGUGGUACCAGCGGGAGGCGGGGGCACCUUGUUGGGAGGCUACAUAGUGAAGAGGUUUAACCUGCGCUGUCGAGGUAUCAUCCGUUUCUGCAUGAUAUGCGCAAUGACCAGUCUGGCCGCCAUCUUCAUCUUUCUCAUCCAUUGCCCCAAUGUGCCCAUGGCUGGUGUCACGGCUCCUUAUCAGUCUGGUCUGAUGGGGAAACAGCAGCUGGAACAGUACAAACACCUGUAUGACAAACCCAGCAAGCUGCAGUCUGGAAACAGCUUCUCUUUGGACCUGAACCUCACAGUGGACUGUAAUGCUAACUGUAGUUGUGUCAGAGAGCUGUACAACCCUGUGUGUGGGGCAGAUGACAUGAUGUAUUACUCUCCCUGCCAUGCAGGCUGCACCUCCAUCAACCACACUGAUGUCUCCACAGGCAAACAGGUGUACUCUGGAUGUAGCUGUGUGGUGGGUAAUGUGUCCUGGGGGGAGGAGGGCUUCGCUCUGGCAGGAAAAUGUGGCAACUCCUGCUACCACUUGCCAGUCUUCCUCACAGUGUUUUUCAUCACCAUCACCUUCACUUUCCUCUGUCAGAGCCCAACAGUGACUGCCAUACUCCGGUGUGUUCCAGACAGCCAGAGAUCCUUUGCACUUGGUAUUCAGUGGGUUGUGGUGCGCACACUUGGUACUAUUCCAGGACCCAUCGCGUUCGGCGCAAUGAUUGACAUCUCCUGCUUGCUGUGGCAGGAUCAGUGUGGUGAGCAGGGCUCCUGCUACCUCUACCAGAACUCAACCAUGAGCCAGUACAUACUAAUAACUGCAAUCAUCUAUAAGGCUUUGGGGGCAAUUUUUUUCCUGGUAGCCAGCAUCCUGUACAAGCCUCCUCCGGAGUCACCGCAAAACAGCUGUGAGAGCACUGACCAGGGAAAGGUGAGUGACCUGCCCAUCAAAGACCCGCCUGAGGACGGCGUCAUCGUCAACCCACACGCCCGGUCAGCCUCAUUAACCAGUGAGGCUGACUGAUUGUGUCUUUGUGUAUGUGCCAGAAUGCCUUCAUGCACACAAAUAAUUUUUCAAACCACAUGAUGACAUGCUGCUGUCUUGGAAGAAAACCCUGCUUUGUCUACAUGUGUGUGACAGUGCCAAGCUGCAGAGGUUUUUAUUUACUAAUCAGUUCAAAUUACUUUGUAGAAUGUGAGCCUGAUGCCAUUUCUGUUGUGAGAAGGGAAGAAAGCAUUUCUAUCAUCAGACUUUAUAGUUAAAUGGAUACAAUUACUGUUUUUGUCGUUCACUUUACACCCAAUAAUCUGAACUGACAAUUUAAAUCAAGUCUAAAACUUACCUACCUUCUUGGGUAGGUUUCCACAAAGAUACCUGGGUUUGGACAGUUGAUCCUGAAAGAUAUUUUGUGUCAUAAGACUGGAAGGAAAGCGACUGUCAUAAACUUCUGAUUCCUUGUCUUGAAGCUACCGCUGAGCUAUCAUGGCUGUUUGCUUUGGUUCACUGUAAUGCUGAACUGUGAACUGCUGCCUCAGUCUGAGAUAUUUGUGUUUGUCUGUAUCCAUUCUUCCCUCAGUCCUGACUGGUUUCCCCUGUUAUAGCACACAUUCAGUGGGAUGUAUCUGAGCAUUAGGGGUAGCACUGCUUUCCAACAUUAGAUGCUUUACAACUGUGCAAACAUUGGAUGCACCUAACUGCACGGAUAUUUCACUUGUGGACUUUGUGUUCCUAGAUUUCAAACUCUUUUAAAAAAAUUUCUAUUACAACAACAGUUCACCGAAUAAAUUGUUUCUGAAUGCAUGAGAUGAAAAAUAAGCUGUGCAGUCAGUAAAUCUGUCUUUUACUUUUAAUUGCAGUUUGUUCAAAAGUUUUUUGAGACUUUGCAGAGGCAUAGAGAGGCAGCUGAACACUCCUGAUGUAGAAGUAAAUGAGAUUCCCCAUCUCUCCAGAUGCAUCUUGGCGUAUCCAGAACACAUUGCAUGGCUGCUUACAUAGACAAUAAGAGUAGAAAAUAUGGAUCCUUUGGACACAUACCAUUAUUCUGAACACCUUCUGUUUAGCUGCUCUACCUAAAAGGACUGAAGUUAGAAGGUGCUGCUAAGAUGGUCAUCCUUUGAGCAGGUUCUCCAUCUCCACAUAGGACUUCUUAGGCUUUAUCACAGAAGAAUUCCUUAGACUUCAUGGCUUGGUCCUUACAUUCUGUCUGAACUGUGGGACUAUGGAUACAGAAGUCUCUCUCUGUCUGACAGUUCACUGUCCAGUGAGUUCAGUUUGCCACAGAUAGACUCCAGUCUAACUUUGAAACUCAUCUGAAGCAUGAUUAAAGCAAACUACAUGCAGUGGGCUACAGUUUGGAGAGCUACUGCGAAUGUUCUGAAUACUUUGUGAAGCAAAAGUGAAAUGAAUGAAUAUAAUGUGAACUAAAACUAUUAACCACAGUACAGCAGCACAAAUAUAUUUUCAGUUAGAAAAGCACAUGCAUAUAAUAGAUUGAAUUUAAAAGCAAUAAUUUCAGGGAUGGAGAACAUCACAUUACUUUUGUGAUCUACAUGAAAUAGAUCUAUAUAUAGAUUGCUCUGCUGACCAAUUUGGUAUUAAAAACUGCUACUCUUGCGACAGAAGGUGUGAUGCAACUUUUCCAUAGAAAUUGAAUAGCUGCACUUUAAAAAAUUAAAUAAAGUCUUUGCAAAGUAUGUGCUGACACAAAACAGGCAUUUAAAGGUGGAGUAAGUCAUUCUGAAAAACAAAUCCAUCCAGCACUGGAUAUUUUUCAGUGCACACAGCAUGAAGAGAUAUUCACUGAAUAUGACAGAAAGUGUGUUGCAUUUGAACCUGCUUUUAAAAUUGUAAAAUGCACCUUAUAAUGUGUUGUUUUCUGUGGAACUGCUGCAAAAAAUAUGUGUAAAUUUCAAUGCGUCCAGUUCAGCUAUGGUCAACUUUACAUGUGAAUUUGGACCUUGACCAACAGAUCUUUUCCACAGAGGACAUGUUGACUUGUCACAGCAGCAAAUUCACAGGUUUCUCAUUAGCAAUGUCUCAGUGAUGCUAAGUGUCCUGGUAAAUCAUGACAUGAAGCCACACUGUGUACUAAUGUGAUCCUAGAACUGAUUGACCUGAAUGGAAUGCAGUUGUUUUAAAUGCUGUGCUUUUCCUGCUCUGACCGGCCAGAAUGUCUGGUCUAAAAAGGUCUGUUCAAGCUGUGUCUCCAGUGUUGACCACUGAAUGAACGGAGAAAGUCACACAUGGAGGAACCUUUUCAAGCUUAUUAGCUGUGUCGAAGUUUUUAUCAGGCAAUGAAGUGAAAGCUAAAUUUUCAGAUACUGUGCCUAAAGAAAGGAAAUCUCAUUAGCUAUGACAUUCAGAAAAGCAUUUGAAUCAAAGUCUAGCUUACAAGUCCAACUUUUCUAAAGAGAAUGUAAGAUUUAUGAGAUUUAUCAUUUAUGCUCUAAAAGGCUUUUAAGGGAUUUAAGAGAAUCUAAAAGGGUUCUAUUCCCAUCGCUUAAUUGAAUGCAUGGUUGGAAGGUAAAACAACCAACCUGAGUUUAGGCUGACAAUAAUGGUGAUAACUGGUUUAACUUAAUAUUGUGAGCAAUUUCAACUCAAAUUUCUGCAUUUGUUGAUUUAAAACAAAAUUCAUGUUGAGUUAACGUAAUGAAAUUAGUUUGAUAAUGACAUUUUUCUUCCUUCCUCUAUAUUACAAUAACCUUGAUUGUGGAAUAAGAGCUAUUUCCCCUAAAUCAAUGUCAUUUUUUGGUUCAAUAUAAAGUUUAAAAAGCUUUAAAAGAUUGAUGCAACUACUAAUUAUUUUUGUUGCUGAGCCUAAAACUUUUUUUAAGCAUACAUGCAUUGUUUAAUUUUUGUUUGAGAUGUAAUUUGUGCCCUAAAAUAUGAAUUGUUUGUUAAAGUCCCAAAGGUUCCAACCACUAAUAAUUAGUGUUGUAUGUUUGUCUCAGCAUAUUGACGGUAAGUUUCAGGAACAUGCAGCGAUAACAGCAACUAGAAAAGUGCUGAAUGACAGAUGGACUGUUAAAAUGAAGUUGAUUCUGCCACACAGCUAAUAAGCUGCUGAAGCUUCCGACAUUUUGGACUCUUGAGCUCUCCGUUUCUCCAGCUCUGAUUGAACUUGCUAUUGAUUAAAAGGGAUGCAGUGGCGUUGCCACUUUUUUGCUGCUUGAAGGUGUUUUGUGACAGAGCUUUUAAGAGGGAUAUUCUGGGAAGUAAUUUGUAAGCUGGGGCUGCUGAAGGCGACGCACAACUGGCACGACGUGCAGUAUAAGAAAUCAGCACUGUUAUUUGGACCUAAAUAUCACAGUACUGUAAGUCUACAAAUGUGCCAAAGCAGUUUUGCCUAACAACUCUUGUACUUUGUUGUUUAUCAUCUUCCUUAUUUAUGCAAAUAAUUUAUUUAUAAUAUUUCAGCUUUCAUAUUUGAGUUUUGCAUUUACUGUGUGAUAACAGGAAUGCUGCCCUUCCUGCCCUUUGUCAAGACGUCCUCCUCUUGUCUGCAUUGUUUAUGUGAUCGUGAAACACAACUUGCUGUGUGUUGCCUGUGUUGUUGUUGUCAUGUACUCUGCUCCUGUACGGACUGACCGAACAACCUGAUGUUGAGGAGUUUGAUUUCCAUAUGAAUGUAUAUAUGCAGUUCUCCUAAUUGUGCUUUUGAAAUCAGUCCCCAGGUUUUGUCAAGCCACUCUGUAAGCUGAUUUUUAUUCUUUUCUAUUUUGAUUUUGGUACUGUAUGUUUUUCUAAAAAAAAAAAAAAAAUGGAAGCAGUGGACUUGAAAUCAAUGAUCUUUUUAUGAAACAAUUCAAAGAUGUCAAUUGUUUUCUAAUUACAAAAGCUGAACAGCAGAA